AUGGCACGGCGAAGCGCCACCGUGUUGGCCCUCUGCUGCGCGGCCGCCAUCGCCGUCCCCGCCGCCGUCGUCCACGGCAACGAGUGGACGGUCGGCGACGACAAGGGAUGGACCUUCGGCGUCGCCGGCUGGGAGAACGGCAAGCGCAUCCGGCCCGGCGACGUGCUCGUGUUCAAGUACGACGGGAAGAUUCACAACGUGGUGGAGGUGGACCGGGCCGGGUACGACGGGUGCAAGGUGACCGGGCCCUCCAAGGUGCGCAGCUCCGGCGACGACCGGGUCGAGCUCGCCGGCGGCGAGGCCUUCUUCAUCUGCGGCGUCGGCGACCACUGCAGCGAAGGCAUGAAGAUCGCCGUCACCACCGCGUAG